AGAUUUUUGUGAGCCAUUGCCAAACAAAAAAGUUGCCAUUAUUUCAGGUCUUUAAUUUCUCCCUGAAGCAAACCAAACUUUAGGCAGUCCAUCUAAAGUGUGAGAGAAGCAAGGAACACAAUUGCUGAGGAUGGUUGACGCUGUUGUCUCCUUCGUGGUGGAUAGACUUGGUGACCUUCUCAUCGAACAAGUUGUUUUUUUACGAGGAGUGAAAGAUGAUGUUGAAUGGUUGAGAGGCCAAUUGGGGUAUAUGUUGUGUUUCCUACAAGAUGCAGAAGAAAAGCAAGAUGUAGACAAUCGGAUGCGCAAGUGGAUAUCCGAUAUUAGAGAUGUUGCUUAUGAGGCCGAGGAUAUUAUUGAUAACUUCAUCCUCAAAGUAGAAGCAGGGACUUCAAAAAAGAUGGGGUUAAAAGAUUGCUUUCAGAAGUAUUUUUGCAUUUGUAGCAAACAUGCUAGUCUCAUCCAACAGGCAAAUCUCUAUAGUAUAGGACAGGAAAUAAAAACACUGAAGACCAAGCUCACUCAAAUUCAACAAAAUCAAGUAACUUUUGGGAUAAGAAGUAUUAAUGACGCAAGAGAAGGAUCGGAUCGCAUGAAUACGGUAGAUAGUUGGCUACGAAGAGAACGCCCAUAUAAAGACGAUGAGCAUGUUGUAGGCUUCAAGGAGGAUGCUAACAAAUUGAUGUCUGAACUUGUCAAAGAGGUGAAAGAUCGGUAUGUGAUCUCAAUCGUGGGCACCGGAGGCUUGGGUAAGACAACUAUUGCUCGGAAGCUUUACAACACUCUUAAUCCUACAGACACAUUUGACAGCUAUGCUUGGGUUUCCGUGUCCACUGAUUACAAAAUCCAAGAUAUUCUCCGAUCAACAAUAAAAUCUUUCAAAAAGCCAAACACCAAAGAGGAAUUAGAGUUCUUAGAGAAGAUGAAAGAAGAAGAUUUGGAGCCUCAUUUACGUGAUUACUUGAAAGGACGUCGAUAUUUGGUAGUGCUUGACGAUGUAUGGGACGUAAAUGCUUGGCCAAGCUUGAUGAGAGCAUUUCCGGAUGAGAAAAAUGGAAGCAGAGUAAUCAUGACAACCCGAAACAAAGUUGUUGCCGAGCCUAGCAAUGAGAGAACAUAUGUCCAUGAGCUCCCAUUUCUGAAGGAGAAAGAAAGUUGGGAAUUGUUUUGUAGUAAAGCAUUUCCUAACUACGAUGAGGUUGAAAAUCAAAAAAAUCGUUGUCCUCCAGGCUUGGAGAGUUUGACGAGAGAGAUGGCCAGCAAAUGUCAUGGCUUACCCCUAGCCAUAGUCGUAUUGGGUGGUCUACUGCGAAAAAAAAAUCCCGACGAGUGGCCCAAGUUGGAACAGCACAUGUGGCGCCAUCUAAGAGAUCAUGACUCACAUCGUGUUCAACAUUUAUUGGCUUUAAGUUUCAAUGAUUUGCCCUAUCGCUUGAAGUCAUGCUUUCUUUACUUGGGUUUGUUUCCAGAAGACUUUCAAAUUGAUGCAAAGAAACUUUGUUAGUUGUGGGAGGCAGAGGGUUUCAUAAAACUAGACAAAGAAUCUUUUGACGAGGCGGCGGAGGCAUAUUUGAGAGAGCUGAUUGACAGGAGUUUGAUUCAAGUAGAAAAACAAAACUGGAGGAGAAUCAUAACAUGCCGAGUGCAUGAUCUGCUCCGUGAUUUUGCAAUCGAAAAGUCGAAGGAGCUAAAUUUUCUUCAUAUCUAUGAAGGAACAGUUACUCCCAACAGUCGAAGACUAGCCUCUUAUUCUGGAAUUCAGAGGUUUGUUUCGUUGGACCAUUCGGAUAUGG